UGUCGGUGCAGCAGCACAGCCCAGGGCCGGGCCGAGGGGGCAGCCCGGCUCCAUUGUCCCCGUCCCGGGGCUGGGGGCGCCCGCUGAGGCCGUCCGCUACAGCUGGGGAUGCUGAAACUUUUUUUGUACGUUUCCGCAGUGUCACGAUUUCCGCUUCCCUCCUUCAAAGAAAAAAAAAAAAAAAAUCCACGGCCAACCCCCCAGCCUGAGCCCGGCUCGAGCCCUGCUCAGGCCGAGUCCCAGCCCAGCCCCAGCUCAGCCCAGCCCAGCCCAGCCCCAGCUCAGGCCGAGUCCCAGCCCACCCCUCCCGCCGCCGCCGCCGCCAUGGAGGACCCCGAGUCCGAGGGAGCCGCACCACCGCCCGGGCUGAGCUCGCUGCUCCCCCCCCGGGAGUUCCUGCGCUCUCGCAAGGGGCAGCUGCUGCUCGCAGAGUCGGUGCUGUCAUUUAUCAUCUUUAUCUGCUAUAUUGCAUCUCUAGCAGCUUCUUUCAUGAUGGCACCACUCCUAGAGUUUCUGCUGGCACUGUUUCUUUUUUUUGCCUACGCCUCCAAGCUUAAUGAGAAGUUUAAAGGAGUCCACUGGCCUUUGGCGGAUUUCUUGCGUUGUGUCACCGCUGCCAUUAUCUACUUUGCCAUUUCAAUUGCUGCUGUCUCAAAAUACAGUGAUGGAGCAUCUAAAGCAGCAGGGGUGUUUGGGUUUGCAGCCACCAUCGUGUUUGCUGUUGAUUUCUACAUAACCUUCAAUGACCUGGUCACUUUUCUCAAGCAAGGCAGCUCGGAUUCCCCCGAGGGGCACAAGACAGAAGAUGAGGACUCCGACUCUGACUCAGACUGAAGAACCAAACACCAACCAAGCCUGAAGGGAAGAUGAUCAAGCACUUUCCUCUUUGCUGAAUGCACUGCCAAUUGAAAAAUCCCUUCAUUUCAGCCC